ACCCCCCCCAUGCCGCUGGGCCUGGGCCGCCGCAAGAAGCCGCCGCCGCUGGUGGAGAACGAGGAGGGGGCCGGGGGUCGCGGGGGGGCCCCGGGAGAGCCCGGGGGAGCCCCGGGGGGGGCGGGGGGAGCCGCCCCUCCCCCCCCCGCGCUGCGGCCCCGCCUCGUGUUCCACACCCAGCUGGCCCACGGCUCCCCCACGGGCCGCGUGGAGGGGUUCAGCAACGUGAGAGAGCUGUACGGGAAAAUCGGGGAGGCCUUUGGGAUCGCCCCCAGCGAGGUGCUGUUCUGCACACUGAACACUCCCCAUGUGGACAUGGAGAAGCUCCUGGGCGGGCAGAUCGGGCUGGAGGAUUUCAUCUUCGCGCACACGCGCGGCCGCCAGAAGGACGUGCAGGUGCUCAAAUCCGAGGAGGCCCUGGGGCUGACAAUCACUGACAACGGGGCUGGAUACGCCUUCAUCAAGCGGAUCCGCGAGGGCUCGGUGAUGGCGCGCACGCCCCAGGUCGGGGUCGGGGACGUGCUGGAGGCGCUGGACGGGCUCAGCCUGGUCGGGGCGCGGCACUUCGAGGUGGCGCGGAGGCUGCAGGAGCUGCCCCGGGGACAGCGCUUCCAACUGACCCUGACCGAGCCCAGGAGGGCCUGGGAGGGGAUCGGGCCGCGCUCGGGGGGCGCUCGGGGGGUUCCCCCCCAGGGCUCCCGGGGGACGCUGAGGCUGCGCUCGAGGGGCCCGGCCACGCUGCAGGAGCAGCCGUCGGCGUUCGAGGAGCGCGCGGUGGCCAAGGUGGACGAUCUGCUGGAGAGCUACAUGGGCAUCCGGGACAGCGAGCUGGCCGCCACCAUGGUGGAGCUGGGCCGUGACGCCCGUGACCCCGACGCUCUGGCCGAGGCUCUGGAUUCCCAGCUCGGGGAUUUCGCUUUCCCCGACGAGUUCGUGUUCGACGUCUGGGGCGCCAUCGGGGACGCCAAGGCGGGGCGCUGCUAGGGGACCCGGGAUUGGGGACACCCCGGGACCCCCCUGGGAUUGAGGACCCCCCCACGGAU